GCCCCAUUCAGUGGUGGGCUCCGCGGCGGACGGAGCUCCGGCGGGGGGAGCCGCGGUCGCACAAUAGACACAGGUCCUGGGCCAGCACCGCUCGGCAGGCAGCAGCCGCAGGAGGAGGAGGUAGAUCCUGUUCUGGUGCAGUAUAAGAGGAAAGAUGUUUUCCCGACUGAGAGCCGCUGCCGCUCCCUGUGCGAUGGCACGCCGCAGAGCGCACACGAAAGAGAAGGGCAAGCCACUAAUGUUAAACCCACGAACAAACAAGGGUAUGGCCUUUACAUUACAUGAACGGCAAAUGCUUGGGCUGCAAGGACUUCUACCUCCUAAAAUAGAGACACAAGACAUUCAAGCCUUACGCUUCCAUAAGAAUUUGGCAAAAAUGACUGACCCCUUGGAAAAGUAUAUCUAUAUAAUGGGAAUCCAAGAGAGAAAUGAAAAAUUAUUCUAUAGGGUAUUACAAGAUGAUAUCGAGCGGUUAAUGCCAAUUGUAUACACUCCAACAGUGGGCCUUGCCUGCUCCCAGUACGGCCACAUCUUCAGGAGACCAAAAGGAUUAUUUAUUUCUAUCUCAGACAGAGGCCAUAUCAGGUCAAUUGUGAACAACUGGCCAGAGAAUGACGUUAAGGCUGUUGUCGUAACUGAUGGAGAAAGAAUAUUGGGUCUUGGAGAUCUAGGUGUGUAUGGGAUGGGAAUUCCAGUAGGAAAACUGUGUUUGUAUACAGCCUGUGCAGGAAUACAUCCAGAUAAAUGCUUGCCUGUGUGCAUCGACGUUGGAACUGAUAAUACCACACUCUUAAAAGACCCAUUUUAUAUGGGCCUAUACCAAAAAAGAGAUCGCUCGCAGGUCUAUGAUGACCUAAUUGAUGAAUUUAUGGAAGCCAUUACAGACAGGUAUGGCCAGAACACACUUAUCCAGUUUGAAGACUUUGGAAACCACAAUGCUUUUCGUUUUUUAAGAAAAUACAGAGAGAAAUACUGUACCUUCAAUGACGAUAUUCAAGGGACGGCUUCGGUGGCUUUGGCAGGACUGCUGGCAGCACAGAAAGCCACGGGUAAACCACUUGCAGAGCAGAAGGUGCUGUUCCUUGGGGCAGGAGAGGCUGCACUGGGAAUUGCAAACCUCAUUGUUAUGGCUAUGAUGGAAAGUGGUGUUUCUGCUGAGGAAGCGUAUAAGAGAAUAUGGAUGUUUGACAAAUAUGGUUUACUGGUUCAGGGCCGAGAACAAAAGGUUGAUUCUAAUCAAGAACCAUUUACACAUGAGGUUCCAGAGCAGAUACCAAAGACAUUUGUGGAGGCAGUGAAUGUACUUCGGCCUUCAGCUAUCAUUGGAGUUGCAGGAGCUGGGAGACUCUUCUCUCAGGAUGUGAUCAAAGCAAUGGCCUCUAUCAAUGAGCGACCCAUAAUAUUUGCACUGAGUAACCCCACAGCGAAAUCUGAAUGCACAGCAGAGGAAGCAUAUACAUUAACGGAGGGCCGUUGCUUGUUUGCCAGUGGCAGUCCCUUCGAGCUGGUGACUCUGAAAGAUGGAAGAAUCUUCAAACCAGGCCAAGGAAACAAUGCUUAUAUUUUUCCAGGUGUGGCUCUUGCUGUGAUCCUCAGCAGUGUUCGGCAUAUUAGUGAUAAGGUGUUCCUAGAGGCUGCUAAGGCAUUGUCGGAACAGUUGACUGAUGAAGAACUUGCACAGGGAAGACUCUAUCCUCCACUGUCUAAUAUCAGGGAAGUUUCUAUUUAUAUUGCUGUCAAGGUUAUGGAAUUUUUGUACGCAAACAACAUGGCUUUCCAUUACCCUGAACCUGCAGACAAGAACAGUUACAUUCGAUCAAAGGUUUGGUCCUACGAAUACGAAUCCUUCAUGCCAGAUGUGUAUGACUGGCCUGAAUCUAAGGUUCACUGAUGCAUCAGAAGAUCACACUCCUCAGGCAGUAUCUUCUUCUCUGCAGGGAUCCCCUUUUCGGUCUGAUUUAAAUCAUGAUCUUUGAGUCCUGUAAUUUAUUUUCAUUCAUUUUGUUGUCUUUUGUUUUCUUCCCCCCCUUCCACCCUGUUUUUCACUUGACAUAGAUUUCCAGACUCCCAAGUACUUGAUAAACUGUAUGGAUGAUGACAUCUGUCACAGGAGUGAGAGAGCUCUCCAAAAUUAAUUCAAUGACACUGCAUUUCUAGCUUAAAGCCAGCACCACACUAAAAAUUCCAUUAAUGAUGUUUUAGCAACAUGUGUUUGAUGGUGAACUAUAGCUCUCUCAUCACUGCCGAUUUCCAGAAUGAUUUGUUUCUGCUUUUAAUAAUCAGUCUUCUAAUUGUCCUUGUGUUGU